UAUAAUAUUUAGAUGUGUUCCUGUGUGUUUCUAACUAGGAGCUGGAACACAAAGUCAUCACUUUGAUAAAGAAUGAGCUGAAGAGGUUUAGGAAGCUCCUGAGUCCAGAUUACCCAGCAUGCACUGAGAGGGAGGUGGAGGAUGAGGAGGAUCUGCACAGUGUCAGAGAGGGAGCGCUGAAGAUCACACUGCAUGUCUUGAAGAACAUGAACCACACAGAUCUCGCUAACACACUGCACAACAAGUCUGUGGCCUCUGUCUAUCAGACAGAGCUGAAAUCCAGCCUGAGAGAGAAGUUUAAAAGAAUUAAUGAAGGAAUCUCACAGCAUGGAAGCUCAGCACUUCUGAAUGAGAUCUAUACAGAUCUCUACAUCACAGAGGGUUGGAGUAGAGACGUCAAUAAUGAACAUGAGGUGAGACAGAUUGAGACAGCAUCCAGGAGACCAGCAACACAGGAGACACCCAUCAAAUGUAAUGAGCUCUUUAAAGACAAGUCCAUCAGAAGAGUGCUGACUAAAGGAGUUGCUGGAAUUGGAAAAACAGUCUCUGUGCAGAAGUUCAUUCUGGACUGGGCUGAAGGAAAAGCAAAUCAGGACGUCACCUUCAUGUUUCCACUUCCCUUUCGAGAGCUGAAUCUGAUGAAGCAGAGAAAUCUCAGUCUGAUGGAGCUUCUUCAUCACUUUUUCCCAGAAAUGAGAAAUCUAGAAUUACUAGACUCCUACACAGUUGUGUUGAUCGUUGAUGGUCUGGAUGAGUGUCGACUUCCUCUAAAUUUCCAGAAGAAUGAGAGAUUGUGUGAUGUGACAGAGUCAGCCUCGGUGGAUGUACUGCUGACAAACCUCAUCAAGGGGAAUCUGCUUCCCUCUGCUCUCCUCUGGAUCACCUCUCGACCAGGAGCAGCCAAUCAGAUCCCUCCUGAGUGUGUAGACCAGGUAACAGAGGUACGAGGCUUCAGUGAUCCUCAGAAAGAGGAGUACUUCAGGAAGAGGAUCAGUGAUCAGGGCCUGGCCAAUAAAAUCAUCACACGCAUGAAGUCUUCAAGAAGCCUCUACAUCAUGUGCCACAUCCCAGUCUUCUGCUGGAUCUCAGCCACUGUUCUAGAGAGAAUGUUUGGUGAAGCGGAGAGUGGAGAGGUCCCCAAGACUCUGACUCAAAUGUUCACACACUUCCUGAUCUUUCAGAUGAAACACAAGGACCAAAAGUACCAUCAGAAAUGUGACCCUGAUCCUCAGCAGACCAGAGAGAGUAUCCUGGCACUGGGGAAACUGGCUUUCCAACAGCUGGAGAAAGGAAACCUGAUCUUCUAUGAGGAAGACCUGAGAGAGUGUGGCAUUGAUGUUGGAGAAGUGGCAGUGUACUCAGGAGUGUGUACCCAAAUCUUCAGAGAGGAGUUUGGGCUUCACCUGGGGAAGGUGUUCAGCUUUGUACAUCUGAGUGUUCAGGAGUUUCUGGCUGCUUUAUACACAUUUCUCUGCUUUAUUUUUACAAAGACAUAUGUGUUAGUGGAGCAACGCACUGGCUGUUUCCAUUUCUUCAGCAAGUCAACCAUGUCUGAUCUCCUCAGGAGUGCAGUGGACAAGGCCUUACAGAGUGAGAAUGGACACCUGGACCUGUUCCUCCGCUUCCUUCUGGGUCUCUCACUGCAGUCCAAUCAGACUCUCUUACGAGGCUUAAUGCCCCAGACAGGAAGUAGCUCUCACAGCAAACAGGAAACAGUCGAGUACAUCAAGGAGAAGAUCAGGGAGAAUCCUUCUCCAGAGAAAUCCAUCAAUCUGUUCCACUGUCUGAAUGAACUGAAUGAUCAUUCUGUAGUGCAGGAAGUACAGACUUACCUGAACAGAGAAGGUAGCAGUCGUCUCAAAGGAACCAGACUCUCUCCUGCUCAGUGGUCAGCUCUGGUGUUUGUGUUACUGAACUCAGAUCAGGAGCUGGAUGAGUUUGAUUUGAGGGAAUAUGACCGAUCAGAGGAAUGUCUUCUGAAGAUGCUGCCAGUGGUCAAAGCCUCCAGAAAAGCUGAUCUGUGGGAGUGUAAUCUGACACAGGAAAGCUGUAGAGUUCUGUCCUCAGUUCUCACCUCAAACUCCUCCAGACUGAGAGAACUGGACCUGAGUCACAAUAACCUGCAGGAUUCAGGAGUGAAGCUGCUCUCUGCUGGACUGGAGAAUCCACACUGUACACUGGAGACACUGAGGUACAUACAAGGAGGAAAGCAGCAUGGUAUCCGGCGAGCGCACUCCAACCCGGGUCGGCUGGACGAGGAUUGA